GGAGGCGCUCCUGGGCGCUGGAGAGGGAGCAGCGUCACCCGGCAGAGCCUUUGCUGCCCUUUCUGGCCACCGCCUUUGCCGCAGCUCUCGCCAACUGGGUGCCCGCCAGAGGUUAUGGACUACAACUCCCAUCUGUUGACUAUGCUGGCUGAGGCUGAUGGGAUCAGUAGUCCAAAAUGUAUGGGAGGCACCCGGUUGGGGAAAGGUUUGAAAGAGGGUUGGGCGCAAACACCCCAACUCUGCGACUUGCGUGCAGUAUUUCGGUGAGAGUUCUUGCGGAGGCAUUGAUAGGUUGCGCCUGUCGUAGGUCUUAAUUUCUGGUUUGAUUCUCUACCCUGCAGAUUCUGGCUGUGGGCAGAUUUGGUCCUUAUUUGCUGGCCUUUGACCUACAUGUGCCUUCAUCACCGUUUUCUGCCCUUAAGGGUGCUAACGAGGCUACCAGCGGAUUUCAUCAGGUUGUAAAUGUAUUGGAGCCCUGAGGUUACCAAGGGUGAUGAUACCUGACAUUUCCUUCAGAAUCUGCGAAAGUAAAGUAAAGGCGUCCCCUUUUCUUUCCUCGGUUCCCUGUUUCCAUUUCAAUCUCUUUUCUGCCGCAAAGAUGACUUUGGUAAAAGCUGUAUAGAGGAAAUGGCUGAGGCUUGUAUGUAUAGGACCAACCUAAUCUGAAGUUUACGCUCUUCACGGCAACUACUGCCAAACUUGUUCUGGGACUUCCAGCGGCUGGCCUCCGUGCCUGGUCAACGCUUUAGCUUCAGAGACUACAGAAAGCAAGUUUGCCGAUUGUGCCGUGUGAAGGUGAGAGAGGUGAUCCGUGGCACAAAUGGGCUGGAAUUCUGAAUGCUUUUGCUAGCUUUUUUGCCUUUGCUAAUUGUGGUAUGGUUAGUGUGGACCAAAAUGGCAGACUGUCCCUCUGUGAACCAAAGAAAACUGGAGCUGGGAGAGCCUGUCCCACACCAGCCGCUUCCUUCAGAAACUCUGGAGCUUCCUACCAGUGGAUCCCCUCUGCAGGUGUCUCAGGCUCCCGGGCCACAGCCCCCAUCGGUAGGGCCCAGCCGGGCCUCUGAAGGUCUCUCGCAGUCACAGCAGCUGCCCCCUCUAAGCAGCCAGACUUCUGUGGGUGUCCCUAAGCAGCCAGAGCAUCCCUCUUGCCAGUGUAAGCCGCCAGUUCCCCGCUCUGCCUCGGAGACUUUGACACCGUCCCAGGGGCUCCCAGGCAUGGACUUAGCGAGGCCUUUGAGCCGGGUGGUCGUCCCUUCCUCCAGCCAGUCUCUGAGACAAAUGAGGUCCCUCUCGUGGGAGGAACCAGAGAUCAGCCAGGCGCAAGCGAAACGGCAAGUGAUGGCCAAGUUUGUGCUGGGCUCUUUUGAAGACUACUCUUCUGACGAUGAGCUUGUGGCCGGGUCUUUUAGGUUGGCUGGCAGGAGGAGGAGCAGCCUGGCCAGUAUCGGAUCUUCAUCCUCUGUGGAUUCCUCUUCGCUGAUCUCCCUGUCGGAGGGCAACAUGGUGAUGAGACCCAGCAUGUCAGGGCUGCAUUUGGUCAAGAAGGGCCGUGAGCAGAGGAAGUUGGAGCUCCACAGGGACUUCACAGUUGCCUCACCGGCCGAAUUUGUGACUCGUUUUGGAGGGAACCGUGUUAUUGAAAAGGUCCUGAUUGCCAACAAUGGCAUUGCCGCUGUGAAGUGCAUGCGUUCCAUCCGCAGAUGGGCCUAUGAAAUGUUCCGGAACGAGCGUGCAAUUAGAUUUGUGGUCAUGGUGACGCCUGAAGAUCUUAAAGCGAACGCAGAAUAUAUCAAAAUGGCUGACCAGUAUGUGCCAGUCCCUGGAGGACCCAAUAAUAACAAUUAUGCCAAUGUAGAAUUAAUUGUGGAUAUUUCAAAAAGAAUUCCAGUGCAGGCUGUUUGGGCAGGCUGGGGGCACGCCUCGGAGAACCCGAAACUUCCAGAGUUGCUUCUCAAACAGGGCAUAGCUUUCCUAGGUCCACCCAGUGAGGCCAUGUGGGCCUUGGGGGACAAAGUGGCUUCCACCAUCGUGGCCCAGACCGUCCAUAUCCCCACCUUGCCGUGGAGCGGAAGCGGUUUGGUGGCUGAGUGGACUGAGGAGGAGAACGAGCAGCCAAGGACAAUUACUGUUCCCCUGGAGACAUACUGGCAAGGCUGUGUGAGGGAUAUGGACGAAGGCCUGGAGGCUUCAGAGAGAAUCGGCUACCCUGUGAUGAUUAAGGCCUCUGAGGGCGGCGGUGGCAAAGGGAUUAGGAUAGCGGAAGGAGCAGAGGAGUUUCCCACCCGCUUCAGACAAGUACAGAGUGAGGCUCCGGGCUCUCCGAUCUUUGUGAUGAAGUUCUUGCAGCAUGCCCGUCACCUUGAAGUCCAGGUCUUAGCUGAUCAGUACGGGAACGCAGUGUCUUUGUUCAGCCGGGACUGCUCCAUCCAAAGGAGGCACCAAAAAAUCAUUGAGGAAGCUCCGGCGACCGUAGCACCUCCUUCUGUCUUUGAAUACAUGGAAGAGUCUGCUGUACGCCUUGCAAAAAUGGUUGGCUACGUGAGUGCGGGGACAGUUGAAUACCUCUACAGUGAAGACGGUAGCUUCCAUUUCCUGGAGCUGAAUCCCCGCCUGCAAGUGGAACACCCUUGUACGGAAAUGAUUGCCGAUGUUAACUUGCCUGCAGCUCAGCUCCAGAUUGCCAUGGGCGUGCCUUUGCACAGAAUGAAGGACAUCCGCGCCCUUUAUGGAGAGUCUCCCUGGGGAGAUGCCCCCAUUUCCUUUGAGAGCCCCAGCAAUGUUCCAGUACCCAGGGGGCAUGUAAUCGCUGCACGAAUCACCAGUGAAAAUCCUGAUGAGGGAUUCAAGCCUAGCUCUGGCACGGUGCAAGAGCUGAAUUUCCGCAGCAACAAGAACGUCUGGGGAUACUUCAGUGUGGCGGCCACGGGUGGCUUGCAUGAGUUUGCUGAUUCUCAGUUUGGACACUGUUUCUCCUGGGGAGAGAACCGUGAGGAAGCCAUCUCAAAUUUGGUAGUAGCUCUGAAAGAGUUGUCUAUCCGUGGGGACUUCAGGACGACAGUGGAGUACCUUGUGAAGCUGCUAGAAACAGAAAGUUUCCAGACCAAUGAGAUCGACACCAGCUGGCUGGAUCACCUGAUCGCAGAGAAAGUGCAGGCGGAAAAGCCAGACACUAUUUUGGCCGUGGUCUGUGGCGCACUCAACGUAGCUGAUGCUUUGUUCAGGACAUGUAUGGAUGACUUCCUGCAUUCUCUGGAAAGGGGCCAAGUCCUGCCAGCAGCCUCACUUUUGAACAUUGUAGAUGUGGAACUUAUUUAUGAAGGCAUGAAAUACUCUCUUAAGGUUGCUCGUCAGUCCCCGACCACCUAUGUGAUCAUAAUGAAUAACACCCACAUAGAGAUCGACGUGCACAGGUUGAACGAUGGAGGGCUUCUGCUGUCCUAUGAUGGCAACAGUUACACUACCUACAUGAAAGAAGAACCUGACCGGUACCGCAUCACAAUUGGCAAUAAAACCUGUGACUUUGAAAAGGAGAAUGAUCCAACCUUACUUCGCUCUCCUUCUGCUGGGAAACUGUUGCAGUACACAGUGGAUGAUGGAGGGCAUGUCUGUGUGGGUCACAGCUAUGCUGAAAUAGAGGUGAUGAAGAUGGUGGUGACUUUGACGGUGGAGGAAUCGGGCAUCAUACGUUACGUGAAACGGCCGGGUACGUUACUUGAAACAGGCUGCGUCGUAGCCAGGCUUGAGCUGGAUGACCCCACCAAAGUCCACCCGGCCCAGUUGUACACAGGGGGGCUCCCCGCUCAACAGCCUCUGCCCAUCCUCGGUGAGAAAUUGCACCAGGUCUUCCACAAUGUGCUAGAGAGCCUGAUGAAUGUCAUGAACGGAUACUGCUUGCCGGAGCUGUAUUUCAGCACCAAGAUCAAAGAAUGGGUCUGCAAGCUGAUGAAGACCCUCCGGGACCCUUCCCUUCCCCUCCUGGAGCUGCAAGAGAUCAUGACGAGCAUUUCGGGCCGGAUCCCACCAUCCGUGGAGAAAUCGAUCCGGAAAGUGAUGGCUCAAUAUGCCAGCAACAUCACCUCGAUGCUCUGCCAGUUCCCCAGCCAGCAAAUUGCCAGCAUCCUGGACAGCCACGCAGCCACCCUGCAGCGAAAGGCCGACCGGGAAGUCUUCUUCAUGAACACCCAGAGCAUUGUGCAGCUAGUUCAGAGGUAUCGCAGUGGCAUCCGAGGCCACAUGAAAUCGGUGGUGUUAAAUCUACUGAGGCGAUAUUUGCAGGUGGAGACCCAGUUCCAGCAAGCUCACUACGACAAAUGUGUGAUCCACCUGCGGGAGCAGUACAUGCCCGACAUGACCCUGGUCCUUGAAUGCAUUUUCUCCCACGCUCACGUGGCUCAGAAGAACCUCCUGGUGACCAUGUUGAUUGAUCAUCUUUGUGGCCGAGACCCUACCUUGACCGAUGAGCUGAUGGCCAUUCUGAACGAGCUCACACAGCUCAGCAAAACAGAACACUCCAAAGUGGCCUUGAGGGCUAGGCAGGUGCUCAUUGCCUCCCACCUCCCUGCUUACGAGCUGAGGCACAACCAGGUCGAAUCCAUUUUCCUCUCGGCCAUCGACAUGUAUGGACACCAGUUCUGCCCUGAGAACCUAAAGAAACUGAUCCUUUCGGAAACCACUAUUUUUGAUGUCCUCCCCAUCUUCUUCUACCACUCCAACCAGGUGGUGCGCAUGGCAGCCCUGGAGGUGUAUGUGAGGAGAGCCUACAUCGCCUAUGAACUGAACAGCCUUCAGCAUCGCCAGCUCACGGACGGCACCUGCGUGGUUGAGUUCCAGUUCAUGCUGCCUUCGUCCCAUCCAAACCGAGGCAGCAGUCCCGCCCUGAGCAGGAUGUCUGUGCCACUCAGCAUCUCGAAUCCCGACUUGGCCCGGCACAGCACCGAACUCUUCAUGGACAGCGGCUUUUCUCCUCUCUGCCAGCGAAUGGGCGCCAUGGUUGCUUUUGACAGAUUUGGAGACUUCACCAGGAACUUUGAUGAAGUCAUUUCCUGCUUUGCUGACCCUAGCCCUUCAGAGAGCCCCUUGUUCAGUGAGGUGAGGGCCACGCUCUAUGACGAAGAAGACAACAAGAACGUCCGAGAGGAGCCCAUCCAUAUCCUGAACAUUGCUGUUCAGUCGGUAGAGCACCUUGAAGAUGAGGAGCUGGUGCCGGUCUUCAGGGCCUUCGUUCAGUCUAAGAACAACAUCCUCGUUGACUAUGGACUCCGAAGAAUCACUUUUUUGAUAGCCCAGCAGAGGGAAUUUCCCAAGUUUUUCACGUUCCGGGCACGAGAUAAGUUUGCUGAAGACCGCAUCUAUCGCCACUUGGAACCCGCUUUGGCCUUCCAGUUGGAGCUGAAUCGGAUGCGCAACUUUGACCUGACAGCGGUGCCUUGUGCCAACCACAAGAUGCACCUUUACCUGGGUGCUGCCAAGGUAGAGGAAGGCACUGAAGUCACUGACUACAGAUUUUUUGUCCGUGCCAUCGUCAGACACUCAGAUCUGAUCACCAAGGAAGCCUCAUUCGAAUACUUGCAGAACGAGGGCGAGCGGCUGCUCCUGGAGGCCAUGGAUGAGCUGGAGGUAGUCUUCAACAACACGAGUGUCCGCACAGACUGCAACCACAUCUUCCUGAACUUCGUCCCCACAGUUGUCAUGGACCCUUCCAAGAUUGAGGAGUCCGUGCGCUCCAUGGUGAUGCGGUAUGGGAGCCGCCUGUGGAAACUCCGGGUCCUGCAAGCUGAAGUGAAGAUAAACAUCCGCUCAACACCAACUGCCCAAGCCAUCCCCAUCCGCCUCUUCCUCACCGACGAAUCCGGAUACUACUUGGAUAUCAGCCUCUACAAAGAAGUCAAUGAAUCCAGCACAGGGAGCAUUAUGUUCCACUCCUAUGGCGACAAGCAAGGCCCCCUGCACGGGAUGCUGAUCAAUACGCCGUACGUCACAAAGGACUUGCUCCAGGCCAAACGCUUCCAGGCCCAGUCACUCGGCACUACCUACGUCUAUGACUUCCUGGAGAUGUUCCGGCAGGCUCUGUUCAAGUUGUGGGGUUCCUCAGAAGCAGAUGCCACAGACAUCCUGACGUACACCGAAUUAGUGCUGGAUUCUCAGGGGCAGCUGGUACAAAUGAACAGACUGCCUGGAGGAAAUGAGAUUGGAAUGGUGGCCUUCAAAAUGAAACUGAAAACCCCCGAGUACCCCAAAGGCCGUGACAUCGUGGUCAUUAGCAAUGACAUCACAUACAAGAUCGGGUCGUUCGGGCCCGAGGAAGACCUCCUCUUCUUGCGUGCCUCUGAGCUGGCGCGUGCCGAAGGCAUCCCAAGGAUCUAUAUUGCAGCCAACAGCGGCGCCCGCAUCGGGUUUGCAGAUGAGAUCAAGCACAAGUUCCAGGUGGGCUGGGUGGACCCUGCCGACCCCUACAAGGGGUUCAAGUAUCUAUACCUCACCCCGCAGGACUACACAAGGAUCAGCUCCACGAACUCCGUCCACUGUGAGCAUGUGGAGGAAGCUGGCGAGUCGAGGUACAUCAUUACCGAUAUCAUUGGUAAAGAAGAAGGUUUUGGCGUGGAGAACUUAAGAGCGUCUGGCACCAUCGCUGGGGAGUCUUCUCUCGCUUACGACGAAAUUGCCACCAUUAGCAUGGUGACAUGCCGCGCCAUUGGGAUUGGGGCUUACCUGGUGAGGCUGGGUCAGCGAGUGAUCCAGGUAGACAAUUCCCACAUCAUUCUGACCGGAGCCGGUGCUUUGAAUAAGGUCUUGGGCCGUGAAGUGUACACAUCAAACAACCAGCUGGGAGGAGUCCAGAUCAUGCACAACAACGGCGUCUCCCACGUCACUGUUCCGGACGAUUUUGAAGGUGUCUGUGCUAUCCUGCAGUGGCUCUCGUAUAUGCCGAAGGACAGUCGUAGUCCAUUGCCUAUUACCACCCCAAGUGACCCCAUUGAAAGAGAAAUUGACUUUGUCCCUUCCAAAGCUCCCUACGACCCAAGGUGGAUGCUGGCAGGGAGACCUCACCCCACUGUGAAGGGAACAUGGCAAAGCGGCUUUUUUGACCACGGCUCUUUCACGGAGAUCAUGCAACCCUGGGCACAGACUGUGGUGGUUGGCAGAGCCAGGCUGGGAGGCAUCCCAGUGGGCGUGAUAGCUGUAGAGACCCGAACCGUGGAGCUGGCAGUGCCAGCCGACCCAGCAAACCCAGAAUCGGAAGCCAAGUUAAUCCAGCAGGCUGGGCAGGUUUGGUUUCCGGAUUCGGCCUUUAAAACAGCCCAGGCCAUCAGAGACUUCGACCGAGAACAUCUUCCGCUUUUGAUUUUCGCCAACUGGAGGGGAUUCUCUGGUGGGAUGAAAGACAUGUACGACCAGGUGCUAAAGUUUGGGGCAUACAUCAUCGACAGCCUUCGGCAGUUCAAGCAACCAGCUCUCGUCUACAUCCCCCCCCAUGCCGAGCUUCGGGGGGGCUCGUGGGUGGUGAUUGACCCAACGAUCAACCCUCUCUAUGUGGAGCUGUAUGCAGAUAAAGAAAGCAGGGGAGGCAUCCUGGAAGCUGAAGGCACUGUGGAGAUCAAGUUCAGGAGGAAGGAAUUGCUGAAGACCAUGAGGAGGGUUGAUGCCACCUGUGCCAGGAUGAUGCAACAACUGGGUUCCCCGGAGCUAUCUGAAGAGGAGCGCAAGGAUCUGGAGAAGCAGCUGAAAACAAGAGAAGAUUACCUCCUCCCGAUCUUCCACCAGGUGGCAGUGCAGUUUGCUGACCUCCACGACACUCCAGGGAGAAUGCAAGAGAAGGGAGUCAUUUCAGACAUUCUUCAGUGGAAAAAUGCCCGCUCAUUCUUAUACUGGCGGUUGCGGCGCCUCCUGCUGGAAGAAUUAGUGAAGGCAGAGAUCCUGAAUGCCCACAGCGAGUUGAGCAACAGCCACAUCCAGUCCAUGUUGCGACGCUGGUUCCUGGAGACGGAAGGGGCCGUGAAGGGCUACCUCUGGGACAAUAACCAGGUGGUGGUUGAAUGGCUUGAGAAACAGCUGCAAGGAGAGGAUGGGACAAAGUCUGCCGUCCGGGAGAACAUCAAGUACCUGAAGCGAGAUUAUGCCCUCAAGCACAUCCGAAACUUAGUUCAAGCAAACCCGGACGUUGCCAUGGACUGUAUCAUUCACAUGACGCAACACAUCACUCGUGCUCAGAGGGCCCAACUGGCUCAUCUCCUAGCAACCAUGGACAACCCUACCUCCUCUUGACUAUGGCAAGGCCACAGCGGGGAAGGUCACCAGCCCAUCUUCUGCCUCUUUUGAACCUGACAGUGUUGUGGCCAAGGUGUGCCACAGCUUGAUCUGCAGAGUGGUCGUUCUUGGAGCACAGCCGCAUGACAGACAUACGGAGCGGAACUGGCUGUUUCUGAGGCGGCUCUCUGACCUGCACCUAAGGAUGGCAGAAUGGCCCAUAGCAGUGAGGCCUGCUCUCAACCCAAAUUCACCUGCAAGGAUAUAUUCAGACCGCCAGCAAUAUGCCCAAGAGAAGUAGUGCUGUUUUUACAUCAAAAUUUAGCGUUGCUAUAAAAUAACAAUCCCAGUUCUCAGCCGUUGCUGCCAAUCAUCUGCCUAGAUGAGGAAGGUGUUUCUACUCGUUUAAAUUAAAAAUGUCUCUGACAGAAAUGUGCAUUUGGGGGAAAAUGCCAGCAACCACUUCCAAACCACCAUCUAGUGCCUUGACAACAUUUUAUAAUAUGUCACUCAUACUGCACUGCAGUCAGGAAAAAUCUGCAAAACCGUGUUGCAGCUUGGCAUGGCUGAAACGUUUAGCCGUUUGCCUAAUGCACAUGCCCUUUCGAUUUCCCUAAUGAAAGGGACUUUUCAGUCCUGGUCUGUCAUCCUUCCUAACACAAGGAGAUUCUGUUGGAGUCUGUCCACCUCAUGUGCUCUUUCUCCAAAGGAAAUUAGCAUGUCCAUCUUCUGUUGCAACUAUUUGCUCGUUUCCUAACUAUGGUUGCAGCGGGGCCCGAUGUGUCCUUUGCCCACCUGGGUUGGUAAAGGCUGGCCUAAUGGGUAUAAGUAGAUGCCAUGGCACUGUUAGUUGUAUUUAUUCAGUUACUUGAAUUUUCUGCAACCUGGGAAUUCAAAGUACAUUUUUAAAGGGUAUAAAAAAUCCACAGGUUGAAUGUAUCAUGGACUGCAUAACUUUGAGAGCAUAAUACGUUUUAUCCCAAUGUUCUUACAGAAAAGCAUAAAGGGCAAAAGUGACAGUUGAAGGAAAGUUUGUGUUGCUAAUCAUAUGCAUAUUCCAAAUGUUACAGUAACCUUUUAAUGUCCAAACCAGACUAUAGAGGACUAUUCAUGCUAUGAGGUUGAAGAACAUGUUGUGUUAGUUUAGUGUGUUCAGUGACAGAAGUGGAAGUUUUUUUCUAAAAGAAAAGAUAUAAUUUCCUCCUUCAAGGAGGGAAGAGCCAAGGGCAAGAUCUGUAGCUCUUUCUCAUAGGAAAGGUGUUAAUUAAUGUGCACAUUGUCACAGAGGGGACAGCCCUAAAAAGCACUGUUCAGAGAGCUAGCAAGCUCCAAAUAAAACAGCCAUGUUUACCAGAA